ACAUAAGAGUUGCCUCCCUUGUUUUCAUUCAGCACUUCCUGUUCUUGAUCUGUAACUGCGUUUUGCUACAAGUGCAAAUACACAAUGUCCUGUGUAAACUACAGCAAAUGGGAUCAUAUAGAGAUAUCUGACGACGAAGAUGACGUACACCCAAACAUUGACACUGGAAGUCUCUUCAGAUGGAGACACCAGGCCAGGGUGGAACGAAUGGAGGAUCAGAAGAAAGAAAAAGAAACCUUAGAAAAAGGCUUAACAGAGCAUCAAAAGAAAGUUAACGCUAUUAAAAACAAGAUAAAGGAAGCUGAAGAAGCAAAGGAUGCAACAGAUCAGUUGUCAAAGUUGAAAAUUGAUUUGAAAGAAGUUGAAGAACAAGAAAAGAAAUUCAGAGAGAAAGAGGAAGAGCUGAAGAAAAAGGAGAAGCUCACACCCUUAAAUAUUGACACAAUUUGUCAUGAUGGCAAGUCAAAAACAGUUAUCAACAAACUGCCUGCUAAGAAAAAAGACAUGACUGAUGAAGAAAAAGCAGAACAACAGGAAGAAUUUCAGAAGAAGUACAAAGAUGACGUGAGGAAGUUUGGUAUGUUGAAGAGGUAUGAGGAUAGUCAACAGGUGCUGACAGAUAAACCUCACUUAGUGUGUGAGGAAACGGCAAACUACCUGGUGAUCUGGUGUAUAGAUCUGGAAGUGGAGGAGAAACACGACUUGAUGCAUCAUGUGGCUCACCAGACGAUAGUGAUGAAUUUCAUCAUGGAGCUGUCUAAGAACAUGGAUAUCGACCCCAGAGCCUGUGUCCGACCUUUCUUCUCAAAGAUCAAGCUUGAGGAGCCACAGUACAUGGAAGCAUUCAAAGAUGAAUUGGAGGCAUUCAAAGAGAGAGUACGGGGAAGGGCGAAAGUUCGCAUUGAAAAUGCUGUCAAAGAAUACGAGGAGGAGGAGAGGAAGAAAAGGCUUGGCCCUGGAGGGGAGGAUCCUGUGGAGGUGUUUGAAAGUCUACCUGAUGCUAUGAAGGAGUGUUUUGAUGCCAAAGACAUUCCCAUGCUACAGAAAGUGAUAUCAGAGAUGGAACAUGAGGAGGCCAGCUACCACCUCAAGCGCUGCAUAGACUCAGGCCUAUGGGUGCCAGAAGCCGGCAAGCAACCAGCUGGAGCAGGGGAGGAAGGUGACGAGGAUGACGAGGUUGAAUAUGCAGAGGUCAGCAGUAUGUCGUCAGCAGAAAAGAAAAGUAUUGAUGAUGUGGACUGAAAAAAAGUUGUUUCGAAUCAAAUACAUCAUGUUGUGCAUCCUACAGUGUUAAUGUGAGAAAGACACAUUCUAGAAAAACACCUUCUAUUAUUAUCUGCAAGGAAACGUUGAAGUUUAAUAAUUACUGUUUUAAGAAUCAUUUCAUUUAACAGAAGUGAAAAAUGUGCUAGCCAAAUCAUAUACAUUGUAAAUAGUGUCACACAUUCAAGAGUUGUACACCCAGACAAUGGACAAAUUGGUGUAACAAUAAAAUACUGUGACAGACUCUUCAUUGUAGAUCUAUAGACACUUGGAGUGAAAAUCUGUAGCCUCUUGAAACCAUUGUAGGAAUGGUCUUAUAAUGCAUGUCUGCUGUUCACAUUUAAGUUUGAUACUAGGAGCUGACAUUAAGAACCUGGUGUGGAGCUAUUGCCAUGCAUGUUAUGUUUUAUCAUUACCACUGAAGAUGUGUUGUGCCAUCAUGUGAAGGAAGAUGGCAUCAGGGGAGACAUCCUUGUAUGAGAAGAAUAUCAGGCUGACAACCCUCUAUGCUAAUGAGGACAAAAUUAGAAUUGUACAAACACUAUGUAUAAAUUUGAAUAUUGUCUAUGUAUAGAUUUGAAUAUUGUAUUUUGAUUACAUGUCUUUAAAGCAUUA